AUGCCUCCUAAUCCAGACGGGUCUGGAUACCACAUCCUGUCUGACCGGGAGGCCGCUCUCUGUGGCUACACCGUCCUGAUCGAUGAUGUCGGAGACCUGGUGUUUCGAGCCUCCUUCCGGGCCUGUCAUGUCCACACCCAGACGGGCACAGACUAUCACCUGCGUGUCUGGUUUGUGAACCUCAAGGCGGAGGGGAAGGUGCUCGGGCCGCUCCCCCUCCAGCUCACCUGUUCCCUCAAGGAGCGAUGGAGCUCCAGAGAGAUCGUGUGUGAGGAAAACUACAUGGAGGUGUCCCUCUAUCUACCCGCCCUGCCUCUGAAAUCAGAAAAUGACGAGAAGGCAGAGAUGGCUGUGAUGUUCCACAGAGCGGACCGGCCGUCAGAAAGAGCCACGGUGCUCUCCCUGACCGAAGCGUCUGCUCUGAGCUACCACGUCUCGAUGAGUGGCUCACGUCUCACCCUCCGCUGCCCCUACUCCUCCCCUCUCUCCUACAUCACAAAGGUGAAGGGAGUAGAUUUGGAGAUUGUCAGUGCAACCAUGCUUUACAGACUCCAGGGCAACUUCCUCGCAGUCGACACCACUGUCGCCUGUGUCCUGAAUGAGGCGACAGCAGACGGGUCGGACCUGCUGUGGACUCUCCCUUUCAUUCUGUCUCCUCUGGUCCACGGGCAGUUCGGGGACAGAGGCGUGAGGGUGGGGGUUCACGGCCGAGCUCUGAGUGAAUCUGAGGCCAAAGAGAGAAAAUACAAGAUCGGCCUAAAGGAGGGGCGAGUGGAGGUCAGGAUUCCUACAGGAGCCUCUGGUGGACACAUCAAGAGCGGUGUUGUCAGGGGACAGUAUGGACAGCACAUGUCCGUCGAUCUGUUUUUCAUGAGGCAGUGGGAGGAUGAGCGGUGGCCUCUCACACAGCUCCGCUCCCUCAGGCUCCUGAAGACUCAUCUCAUCCCUCAAACCCUUUUCUUAACCAGGAAAACAUCCGAGGGAUUAUUUUCUGCUACCUUAGGCCCAUUCGCUCCAGAUGUCUCGGUCCAGAAGGUCACUGUAGAUGGUGGCGGUGACGUUUUAACCUGGAACCAAAGCCACCAACGGCAGAAUGGGGCAGACAUUCUGGUUUACAUACUCUCCCACGUCAAUGGGAGCGUCUCCUUCCAGCUCAGUUUCCUGUUGUCGCACCCAAAAAUAAUCCCAGAGUUUAUAGGUGCUGGUUAUACGACGUACAGCUUCACUUUCAUCUUCACUCUAAACAUCUCACCCAAUAAAGAAGUGUUUUACCAUCAAGUCGCCAUAGAGCAUAGUGUCGAGUACACAGCUCCAGAUUCACCCCGACUGGAGGGGAAGUGCACAGCGAGCAGCCUGCUGGUGCUCCUGCACCACGGGGCCCAGGCCGAGCUGCAGUGGGAGCUCUACCUCGGCCCCCGGAAGCUCGACUGGGAGCUGGUGGAGAUGGGCGGGUUCUUGGUGGAAUCUCAGGACGACUACUUAACUGUGGAGAUCCCUGUGUACAGCCCCGGGAUGAACUACGAGGAGUUGACUUUGUGGCGUCUCGUCGGCGGAGUGCACGUGUUCGUUGUGGAUGCAGAGUCUCUGAAAGUGCGGGACAGCCUUCUCCACAAAUGCACGUUUCCUGUGACAGAACUUUUAGUGUGUUUGCCAGAAGGGAGAAUGAUGGCCGUGGUGGACACCACCCACACCAUCCCGCCCUCUCCCCCCAACCGAACCACUCUGCUGGACCCCCGCUGUGCUCCAAUGGAGACGGACAGUGCCAGAGCUCUGUUCAACUUCAGCCUGGACUCCUGCGGGACGACCGUCACUACUGAGGGGAAUUUCCUGCUCUACGAAAACCAGAUCAGCUACAACCAGGAUUUUCUGCCUCCGGAUGAUCCUGUUAUACACAGAGAUUCUCCGUACAGACUGACGAUCCAGUGUCGCUACCCUGCAAACGAGAGCAGCACUCUGUCUCUCCCUUAUCCUGUGUACUCACCUCGGGACCUCUCUCCCGAGAUGCUGGCCAAUCGCACAAACAGGGAAGCAAACACAGAGUGUCGUGAUCGCUACGUCAUGAUAGCGGUGGAUCUCUCGUUCGCUGGAGAGGAGUUUCACUUUGAGGCAGUCGGUGAGUCCAGCAUCGAAACCCAGCAAGAGGUUAUGUUUGAGGCCAACUACAUGGAGUUUUCUACAUCGUACCCCGUACACGUAUCCAUGAGUGAAGAGCGGGACCUCGAGAAGCAGACUCUGGCUAUCGUUGGUCAGGAUGUAGCCCUGCUGGGUUGCCAGUUCUGGCGUCAGCAGUUCAGAACCGAUAUGGAUGUCCCACAGCUGAACAGCAGAGAGCUCGACAUCCUCAGGAACAUCUCCCAGGGGAUGCUGAUCUCUACUGAGCCGUUGUGCUUCUCCACAAUGAAGCCUUGCUCCUCUGCCACCGACUGCUCCAAAAGUUCACCCCCGAUACCAACGUUAACCUGUGUGUUGGUCAGACCAGGCACCAGCGGGUUCAACGCCUCAGGAGUCUCCCACACCAUGUAUCCAGCAUCAUCUGUGACAGCUGAAGUAGGAGGCUCGGAGCUCCAUACUGCCUUUAAGAGGGAGAUCACUGACAGAGUCACUUCCUUCACCAGCAAAUCAGGUGACAGACACAUGUGCGGCUCAUUGGCAAUCACAGGGACGUCCAAUCACCUGCAGCUGAUCAGCAUGGCCUUACUCCUGUUUGUGUUGCCUGCAAAAUCGGACGACAUCCCCGAUGGAGCUCACAGUACGGAUUGUCGUGACUGCUACUUCGUGGUGACUGUCGACGUCUCGUUCACUGGAGAGGAACUUCACUUUGAGGCCGUCGAUGAAACAGGCGUGUACCCCAUCACUCAGCAGUAUUCAGCCAAGUGUGGCUACACUGUCAGUGUUCUCCCUCGAACCCGCCAAGUGGAGCUCAGAGCCUCCUACUUCAGCUGUCACACUGAAAACAAAGAUGAUGACGUCUUCACAUUCAACUUCAACCUGAUUUCAAACCAUGAAGGAAAGGAGGUCACCUAUGCCUUGAAGAAAACCUGUACUCCCUCUCUGCCCUGGUCUCCCAGGGAAGUUACCUGUGAGACCAACUACAUGGAAGUGUCUGUGAGCAGUGAGAUGGCCUGUCCAUCUGGAGAGACGAGUGAUGAUUGGAAUGCUGAAAAGCCUGUAUGUUGAAACCAUGCUCCAGCUGCUCCAGACUGGCAGGUGGUGUUUCACAGAGCGGAGGAGCAGUUGACACCCAUGAACCUCUCUGUAGCUCGUGAGCAGGGCUACUCGAUUGAAAUGACGGAUAGACGUAUUGUAAUUCGUACGGCAUAUGGACAACCUCACUCAUCCAGUCUGGAGGUGAACGGUGUUCCAGUCGAGGUCGUCCAUGCAACUCUGUUCUCCAAACAAAGCUGGGUUUUCAUCAUUGUCGACCUCGUGGCUGCCUGCUCCAUGCAUGAAGGAUCGUACCAUGACAGUGGAUACAUGGUGUGGGAGACUCCUGAACUGCUGAACCCGCUGCAGUCUGGUCUGAACAACACAGAGGUCAACAUCGGGAUCAGGGGUGAACUUGUGCAGCAGCCCGCUGCAGAGGAGAGGGGCUUCAUUGUGGAGAAGCACGAUGGCUUAGUGGAGAUCAGCAUCCCCUAUAAUGCUGAAGGAGCAUACAGGAAGAGCUUUGUGUCUGGUGGCCUCCACGAGUUUUACGUCUUCAACCUCUACUUGGAGCAAAUCUUUGUGAAUAAGGAUCACGAAGAGACCAGACUGAGGUAUCACAGGAUGCUGGCCAGUCCCCUGCUGCCGCUCCACGUCUUCACUGUAAACCAAGCUGUUGUCGAAGAGCACGAGUUCACCGUCUACCUCGGCGACGUCCCUGAUGACAUUGAGCUGUCUGCAGUUGAGCUGAAUGGCCACAGGUGUGACGCUCCCUUUAAAAAUACAAGCGGCCACAGCGUCAUCGAAGUCUUUCAUCCCAACAACACCCAUGGCUACACUCUGAAGGUGCCUUUUGAUGACCCUGUUGUCCUGCAUCAGUUAUCUAAAGAAGAUGAAGCUAUGAAGCACAUACUGGAAGUCAACUACACACUGACCGUUCUGCCUGAGAAUGAGCCGUAUUUCCACCUAACCUCAGUCGUGGCACUAUCAGACAUCGCUCCUCCAGAGAUUGACGCAGUCUGUGCCGAGUCUGGAAUCAUCUUCAAACUGGACAACCGGCCUUUCGACUACCUGUGGCACAUCAGUAUCGGUUCUGACCUGCUGACUCCAGAACUGGCAACCCAGAAGGGCUACAUCCUGACCAACGAUAGCCAGAGUCUGCUGCUCGAGGUGCCGCUCUUCACUCAUGGAUACGUGUACGAGGACUUUAGUUUGAAGGGCUUCACUGGUACUUUUGAGAUGCUGGUGAAGGAUCGUGAAACAUCCGAGGUCCUGAGUUCAGCCCUCAAGACCUGUCAAUUCACUGCUACUGAAUUUAUAGUGUGUUCCACUGAUGGCAAGAUCACUGUGGUGGCCGACUUGUCUCUGGGAGGAAUCCCUGCUAGAUCCACCCUCCGGAGCACGUACUGUGGACCCAAAGAAGCAGACGACACCAGGGCUCUGUUCCAUUUCCCCCUCAACAGCUGUGGAUCCACAGUCAAGCUUUUGAACCAAAGGGUGACCUAUCAAAAUGAGAUUAUCUACAGCAAGAGGCACUUCAGUGAGAGCAAGGUGGAUUCAGAGCCGACUACCGAGAGGUUGAUGGUGCAGUGUGUGUACCCUCUGGCUGGGCUCCACCGCCUCUUCUCUGUGCACAAGUUUGAGUCUGACACGGCCGGCGUCGGCAAAAUCAUCCGCACUUCCCAGUCCUCUGCAGAAUCUCAAGAGACCACCACCGUCAAGCCGAGACUUCAGGAGCUUUACGUACCAAAACUGAACCCGGCCCAGAUUUAA